GCGGCGGCUGCGGCAGCGUCGAGUGUCCACGAGCCGGGGUCUGCGAGUAGAUUGUAUCCGAGCCCGAGACUAGUCUUGACCGUCUCCGUCUGCCAGUGGGUGAGUGUCCUGGCCGAGCGGGGUGCGGGUGGUCGCACUGUCUGGGUUGCGGAUGGACGAGUCGGGAGGCUGGGUCACCAGUCAGGGUGCAAGGACCUUCACGGCUGGGAGGGGACUGCGGCAGGUCCUCGGCCUCACCAUCUUGCCUGACCCCGAAUGGGGCAGGCGCGCCUGGGGUCCAGCCUCUCAUACCAUUUCCACCGCGGCUCACGCGGCCAUGGCGAUUCCCGUUCCCCAGACGGCGUCAGACGCGAUGACUCUGAAUGGCGGCGGCAGCGGAGCGGGCGGGAGCCGCGGCGGGGGCCGGGAGCGCGAGCGCCGUCGGGGCAGCACCCCCUGGGGCCCCGCGCCCCCGCUGCACCGCCGAAGCAUGCCAGUGGACGAGCGCGACCUGCAGGCGGCGCUGGCUCCGGGAGCUCGGGCAGCGGCUGCAGCUGGGACCGGGGCCCAGGGUCCAAGGCUGGACUGGCCCGAGGGCUCCUCCGACUCGCUCAGCUCAGUGGGCAGCGACUCAGACGAGAGCGUUUACAAGGUGCUGCUGCUAGGGGCGCCUGGCGUGGGCAAGAGCGCUCUGGCGCGCAUCUUCGGUGGUGUAGAGGAUGGGCCUGAAGCAGAGGCUGCAGGGCACACAUACGAUCGCUCCAUCGUGGUGGACGGAGAAGAGGCAUCACUCAUGGUCUAUGACAUUUGGGACCAGGAUGGGAGCCGCUGGCUACCAGGCCACUGCAUGGCCAUGGGAGAUGCAUAUGUCAUCGUGUACUCAGUGACAGAUAAAGGCAGCUUCGAGAAGGCCUCAGAGCUGCGAGUCCAGCUGCGGCGGGCACGGCAGACAGACGAUGUGCCCAUCAUCCUGGUGGGCAACAAGAGCGACCUGGUGCGCUCUCGUGAGGUCUCCUUGGAUGAGGGCCGGGCCUGCGCCGUGGUCUUCGACUGCAAGUUCAUUGAGACGUCAGCUGCGCUGCACCACAACGUCCAGGCACUGUUUGAAGGUGUCGUGCGCCAGAUACGCCUGCGUCGGGACAGCAAAGAGGCCAACGCACGUCGGCAAGCUGGGCGGCGAGAGAGCCUUGGCAAGAAGGCGAAGCGCUUCCUGGGCCGCAUUGUAGCACGCAAUAGCCGCAAGAUGGCCUUUCGUGCCAAGUCCAAGUCCUGCCACGACCUCUCAGUGCUCUAGGCCCCACAGGCACUCACUGCGUUGUGCAGAGAGAUGGGCAGGUUGGUGGGCUGGCCCAGCCAAUGCCCUAGGUGCCUCAGGGCUGGCGCAGACUCUGGGCAUCCCCCACCUUGUGGUCACGGACAGACAGUGCUGCCCAGGGAGGCGGCUCCAGUGGCCAUCAAGGGCUGGGCCCACAGAGAUGCGUGUGCAGGCCCAUGUGCGUCCCCAGCAGCAGCCUGAACCCAGCCCACGGGACAGGCCUGUGUGUGGGGAGAGGACUCCCUUUCUCCACACCCAGGUGUGCAUGCCCUGGUGGGAGGCUGUUCAGUGCAGUGGCUAUUUGUUUACAUGCAGAUUUUUGUAAUAAAGACUAUUUC